GAUGAAAGUAAGUCAAGCAUUGAACCUCAGAGAAGGUUGAACCCCAAUCUAAAGGAAGUAGUGAAGAAAGAGAUACUCAAGUUGCUUGAUGCUGGGAUAAUCUAUCCCAUCAGUGAUAGCACUUGGAUAUCUCCAGUUCAUUGCGUCCCAAAGAAAGGGGGGAUCACUGUCAUUAAAAACGACAAAGAGGAGCUGAUUCCCACUAGAACAAUAGUGGGGCAUCGCAUGUAUGUUAGAAAGAUUGGCAAACCACCCUUUUAUUGUUUUCUUGAUGGCUACAGUGGUUUCUUCCAAAUCCCGAUCCACCCUAAUGAUCAGGAGAAGACCACUUUCACAUGCCCUUAUGGCACCUUUGCUUAUCGAAGGAUGCCAUUUGGGCUGUGCAAUGCUCCAGCUACUUUCCAGAGGUGCAUGACCUCCAUUUUUUCAGAUCUGAUAGAGGAGAUGGUAGAAGUCUUCAUGGACGAUUUCUCAGUCUAUGGAGCAUCCUUCUCCUCAUGUUUGUCUAACUUGUGCAGGGUGUUGCAGAGGUGUGAGGAGACCAAUCUAGUACUCAACUGGGAGAAGUGCCACUUCAUGGUUCGAGAAGGGAUUGUGCUUGGACACAAGAUUUCCGAGAAAGGGAUCGAGCUCGAUCGAGCUAAGGUGGAUGUCAUGUUGCAGCUCCCUGUUCCCAAGACUGUGAAGGACAUAAGGAGUUUUCUGGGUCACGCAGGGUUCUACAGAAGAUUCAUCAAGGAUUUCUCAAAGAUAGCAAGACCCUUGACAAGGCUUCUAUGCAAGGAGACAGAUUUUGAGUUUGAUGAAGAAUGCCACAAGUCUUGGACCUUGCUGAAGGAUGCUCUGGUGUCUGCGCCAAUAGUACAAGCUCCAAACUGGGAUCACCCAUUUGAGAUUAUGUGUGAUGCAUCUGACUAUGCAGUAGGAGCAGUGCUUGGCCAAAAGAUAGACAAGAAACUCAAUGUCAUCUACUAUGCAAGCAAGACUAUGGAUGAUGCUCAGUGCAAGUAUGCAACCACAGAGAAGGAGCUCCUUGCCAUAGUCUUUGCCUUUGAGAAGUUUCGAAGCUAUAUAGUUGGAUCCAAGGUGAUUGUGCACACUGACCAUGCUGCCCUUAGACACAUCUUCGCUAAGAAAGAUACAAAGCCAAGACUUCUCAGAUGGAUCCUUUUGCUUCAAGAGUUUGAUAUAGAAGUUGUGGACAAAAAGGGAGUAGAAAAUGGAGUUGCUGAUCAUCUCUCUAGGAUGCGAGUUGAAGACAUGAUCCCCAUCAAUGAUUCUAUGCCUGAAGAACAGCUUAUGGCAAUCAUGAUCUUGAAGGAGAGUUUUGAUGAGAAAGCCAGGCUGGAAGAAGUUAAGGCUCUGCGUGAUGAGAAUUUGCCAUGGUAUGCUGAUAUAGUGAACUUCAUGGUGUCCGGAGAAGUCCCUAGUAGCUUUGAUGCUUACAAGAGGAAGAAAUUCUUCAAGGAUGCUAGGCAUUACUAUUGGGAUGAGCCCUACCUGUACAAGAGAGGACCAGACAGCAUUUACAGGAGAUGCAUUGCUGAAGAGGAUGUGCAAGGAGUUCUAGAGCAUUGCCAUGGGUCAGCUUUACGGAGGAAAGGAGGGAUCACCAAGAGGGACGAGAUGCCACUAAACCCAAUUCUAGAGGUUGAGAUCUUUGAUGUAUGGGGAAUAGACUUCAUGGGACCUUUCAAACCUUCUUCAAACGGGCACAACUACAUUUUGGUUGCUGUAGACUAUGUAUCCAAAUGGAUUGAAGCCAUUCCCUGCCCAACCUGUGAUGCCAAGGUGGUUGUCAAGCUUUUCAGAACCAUCAUCUUUCCAAGGUUCGGCAUCCCAAGGGUUGUUAUUUCGGAUGGAGGCUCCCAUUUCAUCAACAAGGUGUUUGAAAAGUUGAUGAGAAGCCAUGGAGUCAAGCACAAGGUCGCCACGCCUUAUCACCCUCAAACCAGUGGGCAAGUUGAAGUCUCCAACAGACAGAUCAAGGCCAUAUUGGAGAAGACUGUGAGCUUCACUAGGAAAGACUGGGCAGCAAGGCUUGAUGAGGCACUUUGGGCUUAUAGAACAGCUACAAAACCCCCAUUGGAAGGUCUCCUUUCAAUUUGCUGUAUGGGAAGGACUGCCACUUACCUGUGGAGGUCGAAUAUAAGGCUUUAUGGGCAGUAA